ACCAGCCUCAGUUUCAUCCCUACCAUCUGCAGAACCUUGAAAAAAACACUUAACCAGUGAGACCCACAUUUGCCCUCCGUAACCUGCACUAGUGCACACCUGCAGAGGCGUGGGAUUGCAAGGACCUUUGAGCCCUGGCCAGUAGGGCACAUGGAAGUUCUUCCCACCUAGACAGAGGGGGCAUGAGGCUCCAACCCCCUUCAGCCUCCUCAUUCUCCAUUCAGGUACUAAAGUCAGAGCCAAUGGCAGUGAGAAACUGAAAGUAGGGAUAGGAAGGUCCCACACCUUUCCCUGCUGGUGGGGUAUGAUGACACCAAGACGGCAGUGUCCCAGGCCUGGUUCUGUUCUUCCCCAUGAGUGUUCCCAGAAAAGGCCUUCAGUGUCCAGAGCGGCUCAGCUUUGCAGGCUGCUAAGAAAGUAGUGAAGUAAAGUAGUCUGAGUAGCACAUCCCUCUCCUGCCUGAGGCCAGGGCUCUUGUUGUGGUGUCAAAGCUGGGGUACCAGGAGAUCCAACAUAUCAGAAUUGCUUAGGCUUCUCCAACCGCUGUCUCCUCCCUUAUUCCUUGUGUAUCAGCCGUCCUGGUUUGCCACCCAAAGUCCCUCAUCCCCAAGCACACAAGUCAGGUUGGUCACCCUCCCCACCACUCACACUGGUGAAAGUUACCACCAAGGUGACCCACUGAGCCUGCUGCGGGAGUGUGGCAGCCUUCAGCUACAUGUGGUGGGGAAGAGAUGCUAAAGGGUCUGCCGGAAACGGGAGGCAGCAGCUCUGCCCGCCAGGAGGAGGUGCCUCAUCCCUCUUAAUCAAGUCUUCCUUGUUUUCAGGUCGGACAGCGUAAGCAGAUCCUGGGAUGACAUUUGCGAUUUAGUAGAAAAACUGUUGAAGAGGUUUACAAAGUAAGGCUGGUGUUUUCCUCUGACAGGCAGAGUACACAGCUCUUUACAAUCGGUGGGCAUGGGAGUCCCUUGGAUCAGGAGCAGAGAGCCCAGGGCAGUGUUCUGAAGCAGAAAGAAUUACCGAUCACUGGUUUUAUCAGGUGUCGACAUCCUUCUUGGCUCCUGCCUGGGAAUCAGGUUACAACGUGGGGGGCACAGUCUGUCCUUGAGGACCUCAUAGAUGAGGAAACGGGCAAAUCGGUAACGCAUAGCUAAAUACUGGGCUAAAGGGUGCCAAGGGCCAAAAGAAAAGAACAAAGGAGUUACUUGCAACUUUAAGGAAAAAGCAAGUAUUCUUAGGGAAAAAAAAAGAAACGCAAGCAUAGCUUCCUAGAGACUGUGGAAUUUUGAACUAAAUCUUGAAGGAUGAGGAAGGACAGGGUAACAGGAACCAUCAAGGAGACUUCUUGUGCAGUGAGUGGUCUGUUUGGCUGGAAAGUGGGGUUACUUCAAGGGAGAGCUAGGAGAUGAGGCUGAACAGGACAGCAUGGGGUCAAGUCCAUGGGGCUCAUAAUGCCAGGCCCUGGGGCUUAUGAUUUCCUGCUCUGAGCAAUAGGGAGCUAUAGAUGAUUCUAGGGCAGGGGUCUGACAUGAUCAAGGUUGUGCUCCAGGAGAAAAGUCUGAUAAUUAUGGAUUAAAUGAGGUGGAACAUGAAUGAACCAGGAGAAUUGGGGAAACUACUGCAGCAAUUUCACAAAAGAUGAGAGUCCAGAGACCAGAAGACAGUGGGGGAAAGAGGGAAGGAUGUAUGUGAAUGGCUGCUGAGAGGUAGAACAAUUUCCCUGAGAUAAGAGGCGGGCAGGGAAGAGAGGAGAGGAGGGAAGUGUGGGAAGGUCCAGAGCAUUUGACAUUAGAAGAGAGGCCAGUGGAGAGGCCCUCAUGCAGGAGUUUAUAAGUGUCUGCCUUCUUGUGCGUGCAGGGAGCGUGUGCAUAUGCCUCUGUGUGUGUGUGAGAGAGAGAGGGACUUUGGGGAUGUUGGGAGUGUAGGGAUGGAACAUGAAGCCGUCUCAGCACUCACUUCCAGCAAGAUCACACAUCUUAUAGGCCUCCGAAUCCUUCACAAAAGGAGUGAAACUUCCAGGAUUUGAGAAAUGCGCAACAAAGCAAAAGAGCUGGGGUGCAAGGAGGGAAAUUGACAUGCACCCCUCCCGGGCUGCUCAUUGAUGUUCAUUCUGACCAGUGUGCAUGGCUGCUUACGAGCUCAUCCUUCCUCCCCAGCCCUAAACUGCGCAUUUCCCUCAUCACCUACUCAUCAUACGGCAGCAUUGUCCUGAAGCUCACCUCAAACAGAAAUGAGAUAAAACAUGGUCUUAAAAGACUUCGGGAUGUAGUGCCCUCAGGACCCAGAAACAUGCAGGCAGGAUUGAGAAAGGCAAAUGAGCAGAUUUCGAGAGUUUUCUACAAUAACAAGAAAGCUACCAGCCUAGUCUAUGCUCUGACCGCUGGACCACUGCUGCCAUCAACAUUACGGAAUGCUAAGAAUGAAGUCAGCAGGCUUCGGAAUAUGAAGACCAAGGUUUACUGCCUGGGUGUAAAGGACUAUCAGAGAGACCAGGUAAUUCAGAACAGGUAACCAGGUGCCACUCUUGAGCCCAGCUGGAGAACGCUUUCAAAGGCAGCUGUCCCAGGGUUCCCCAGAGGAUGGUCCUCUACCCGUCCCAAGUGUCUGGACAACAGGUAGUCACAGCAGAUGAACAGCCAGUAUUGUAUGAAGCUACACACCAUCGAUGUGGACAGAGGAGCUUUCUACUUGCCAAGGGUGGGCUGCUGGCCGAUGCCAGGGUGUGGCCAUUGGAGUCCAACACGGAAAGAGGCAAGAGCCUGUCUUCUCGGAUGGGACCUGCUGUGUCCUCAACCCCUGGCUGUGUGCCGACCAUCUCCUCUUCCUUGUAGCUGAUUCAGAUUGUAGAAGGAAAGACCCACAUGUAUGAUGUGCCCAAAUCCAGUGAUGAGGAAGGCUUUAUUGUAUCGCUCGUGGGAAAUUCCUGUAAGGAAGUUAUGGGUGGGAAAACAUUCUACGCCUGUGUAAGAGAAUCCUACCAACUUGGGUUUUAUGCACAUGGCCUAAAUCCAGACAGAAUGAAAGACUACACUUGCAGAUAUAAGUUGGACAAAACCGAAGUCUUCACUAAACCACCUGACUCAGUGACUGGAGAAAAAAUAAUUUGCCCAGGACAUAUUUUUCUUAAGGCUGGACAGAUGGUCGUUGUUGAUUACUCUCUGGACCUGGGCAAUACCUGGAGUGAGAGAAGAUUGAAUAUCACCAGCAAGGACUGUCAGGAGACUGUGGAGCCCCCAGCUGUCCCAACUACAACCAGAGUGACCACAGUGCCUACCACUGUCAGGACCAGGAGGACGACAACGAUGACAACGAAGACCACAGUGCCUACCACUGUCAGUACCAGGAGGACGACAACGAUGACAACGAAGACCACAGUGCCUACCACUGUCAGGACCAGGAGGACGACAACGAAGACCACAGUGCCUACCACUGUCAGUACCAGGAGGACGACAACGAAGACCACAGUGCCUACCACUGUCAGUACCAGGAGGACGACAACAAUGACAACGAAGACCACAGUGCCUACCACUGUCAGUACCAGGAGGACGACAACAAGGACAACGAAGACCACAGUGCCUACCACUGUCAGUACCAGGAGGACGACAACGAUGACAACAAAGACCACAGUGCCUACCACUGUUAGUACCAGGAGGACGACAACAAGGACGACGACAACAACGAUGACAACGAAGACCACAGUGCCUACCACUGUCACCAUGACAACAACUACCGUGACAACUGUUGCCACAACAACCACAGUGACUACAGUUGUCACAACAACCACAGUGACUACAGUUGUCACAACAACCACAGUGACUACAGUUGUCACAACAACCACAGUGACUACAGUUAUCACCCAGAGCACAAUUCCCAACAAUCCUCUCUUGUACCCUACACUCAUCCCGUCCCUGGUCGUGAUACCGUUGCUGCUUGUCUGCAUCUGCUGCUGCAAGAGGAUCGUUAAGGAGCCACCACCAGCCCAGAAACCAGAAAAAAAGCCAUGCCCUGUACAGACCAGGGUGAUUGUCUCCUGCUGUGGGUGCCAAGAAGACAGGAUGAAACAGAUGGAGGGAAAACUGGAUACUUUUUAUGACUUUGUCCAGCGCUGCAGCCAGCUGCCAUUGAUGUGGUGUCCACCCAGGGACAUGGGGAGGUGCAUCAACUUCACCUUAAUGAAUCCCCACUGCACACAAAUGUUCUGCGGCCCAAAGAUCUGCCUUCAACCCAGCCAGGAGUGCUUCCCCCUCAGUAGCUGCUGUUCACAUGGUCAACAUCUCCCACCCAUAUGCUCUCAGUCACUCUCCAGGAUGCUGCCGCUGAUCCCUCGUACGGCCCGGAAGCUCUGCAGAAGUACUUUGUCACUCCCACCCCCGUAG